UUAGGCUGGGGCAGGGACGACACAAGGAGAAACGAGUCCGACAGUCUCCAGAUAUUGGCCGAUGCCUUCACGUCACAUAGCAAGAAGAUUCUAGACCCAUCAGCUAUUCACAUUACAGUGGAUGUGUUUGACCACGUCACCUUCAAGAACAGGACCAUCUUUAUCACUCAGAGAAACGGGUCAGUCAUGGAGUUCCCUGGAAUCAACAAAUUCCACCUCUCCAACCGAUUAGUCGACGACUCAGUCUUUCGGUUCUCUGCUCCAGGGCGUUACCAUGGAUACGGGUACAUAGUGAUGUGGCAUCAUCAGGCUUUCUUCCUACAAGACGGCAUCAACCCAGAGUAUCGACCAACAGAAGAGGAGCAGAAACUGAUCGAAGAGUUUCAGAUUGGGUUGAAGGAAGCUGCGGUAACCAAUAUCUGGGAGGAACAGGAAGAGGGUGGGAGUGGGUCAGUCCCAGCAGCUACCGGGACAGAGUCCACUUGGACAGAAACACCAUCCACUUGGACCGACACUAUCGAGACACCAUCCACUUGGACAGAAACCACCAAGACACCAUCCACUUGGUCAGAAACCACCGAGACACCGUCCACUUGGACAGAAACCACCGAGACACCGUCCACUCAGAAACCACCGAGACACCGUCCACUUGGUCAGAAACCACCGAGACACCGCCCACUUGGUCAAACCACCGAGACACCGCCCACUUGGUCAGAAACCACCGAGACACCGCCCACUUGGUCAGAAACCACCGAGACACCGUCCACUUGGUCAGAAACCACCGAGACACCGUCCACUUGGUCAGAAACCACCGAGACACCGUCCACUUGGUCAGAAACCACCGAGACACCGUCCACUUGGUCAGAAACCACCGAGACACCGUCCCACUUGGUCAGAAACCACCGAGACACCGCCCACUUGGUCAGAAACCACCGAGACACCGUCCACUUGGUCAGAAACCACCGAGACACCGUCCACUUGGUCAGAAACCACCGAGACACCGUCCACUUGGACCGACACUACCGAGACACCAUCCACUUGGACAGAAACCACCGAGACACCGUCCACUUGGACAGAAACCACCGAGACACCGUCCACUUGGACAGAAACCACCAAGACACCGCCCACUUGGUCAGAAACCACCGAGACACCGUCCACUUGGUCAGAAACCACCGAGACGCCAUCCACUUGGACCGACACUACCGAGACACCGUCCACUUGGACAGAAACCACCAAGACACCAUCCACUUUGUCAGGAAGUACCGAAACAUCAUCCACUUGGUCAGGAAGUACCGAGACAUCAUCCACUUGGUCAGGAAGUACCGAAACAGCAUCCACUUGGUCAGGAAGUACCGAAACAGCAUCCACUUGGUCAGGAAGUACCGAGACAUCAUCCAGGUCAGGAAGUACCGAGACAUCAUCCACUUGGUCAGGAAGUACCGAGACACCAUCCACUUGGAAAACUGACAACACACCCUCUUCCCCCACAUGGGAAGAGACAUCGUUAGACACUACUGAGGCACCCACCUCCUCCUGGGCAGAAACUGAGACGCCAUCUACUUGGAAAACACCUGACACCCCCUCCUCUCUCCCCGGGGCAGCAGGCAAACCCUCCUGGGCACAGAACGAUCCUCUGGUGGCUAAGGCCAGGCGCUACUCUUCUGCCUGCAAUGCUCUGCUUCGCUCUGCAGCGUGUGCCUACCUCAAGUUAGUGGCUGGUCAGGACUGUCCUUCAGUUCGCAGCUGGUGAGGCAUGCGCAAUCACUUCAGACACAAAUUAAUGGCAACUAACUUCCAGACUUAUAUACUUCGUAUACCGCUUUAUAUUUAUAUAUUUAUAUAUAUCACUGUCAUUGUCAAUGUGAACAUUUUGUAUUGGUGAAUUCUGUACAACAACAACAACAACAACAACAAAAGUGAUGGGGGA